UCUGGGACACACACGAAACGUUUGCUCUACAAUUCGGUCUAUAGCACUAAAUCUCCGAUAAGCUACAGCGGCAAAGUAUCGCGCAUACAAGCCCAGAUAUUUAAUUAAUAUCCAAAUUUUCCACUGAUCCUCCUUCAGAAUGAGCUCGGAAUCACCGAAUGAAGCGGACGCAGUGGAACCCGUAAGUGCCCAGCGGUUGGCUUUGGACCGGGCUCUCGUCAGGCUGGUGUACCAGGCCCGUCGUCUCCAUUUGAACAGCGUGGACUGCUAUGGAUCGCUGGAGGAAUCGCUGGAGAAGGCGGUGCCAGAGUUGCUCAAGCCCGGCAAUGAAGCCGCACACUCAUCCACCACAGCGACCAGCACGGCAAGGCCCUUCCCCAAGCGAAAGCCCAGUAGUCAAGUCCGAACAGUGGGCAAGCCCUUCAAACUACGCAAGGCUGUUGCGCUUCUGAGGACGCCACGUGGCGUCCAGUGUAUGACCGCCCAUCUGCCGGUGCCGCCACCACCACCGCCGCCAUCACCGCGAUGCCCACAAGCCCGGGAACUUGCCAUAGCCCUGGAGAGGGCCGACCAUCUGAGGAUCGAGUUCGCCCAGACGGACGCACUAUUGGAGCAGCUGCUAUUCGACGCCAAGGCGCUCGAACGCCAGCUGGCGAUCCAGUGUCAGUUGCAAAAGGAUGCGGAGAUAAUUCGCAGUCUGGAGCUGGAGUACAAUGGGCGAUCCAUGAUGUAUCUGAUAGGGGCCAUUCAGUCGGACUGCGAGAGCCAGCAUGUCCAGGAACUCUGGAGGCGAUGCCAUCGCUCGUUGGAACGCCACUCAGAGCGACAGAUGCAGCUGGAGUCCAAAGGCGAUCCGUAUCUGGAUCUGGAUCUGCAUCAAGACGAGGGCAACGGCAAGGGCACCCAAACCGAUCUUUCUCAUUAUCAGGGCAUGAUCGAAUUCGAUUUGCCAAUGGAGGCGCAGCAGGGCGUAGUCCUUAGGACAGCAGGCUCAGGAGCAAGCGAUGGCCACCAAGUCCAGCUGAAUGUCCCGGGCAAAGCCAGCCUUGGGUAGUAUUUGAAUAAAGAUGCACAACUCCGAAA